AUGACCAUGACAGGACAAAGAAGCAUAGAUCUUGUGGCUGCCUACAACCAUUUUCUGGAAAAACAAAUCGUGGACCAAGGUUCCAGUCUGCCAUGCCAAGAUGCGACCCUCUGCAAUGAGGUGAAUGAGCUGCUGAAGAGCAGCGAUGGCAGUGAUGCACACUGUCUGGGUUUGGAUACUCUAAACUUCAUGGAGGAGUCUCUGCAGUCCAAUGUGAGCGACUACAGGCGACCAGCUGAAGUCCGAAGAGGACUCUGUGGCCUGGCCAAAGCAUUUGAGGUGCUGGAGCAGGCUGCACUCAACCUGCACCUGGGUCCUUGGAGGGAGGAGUACAAAAUUGUAAAGAUGUAUUCUGGGAUAUUUACACACUGGAUCAAACCAGUGUUCUCCACACAGCAGAUAGAACUGCUCUUUGGUUUGUUGGGAUAUAAGCAGUGCUCAACGCAGCGAGAGCAGCUCCACCUUCAGCCACAGAGAGUCAGUGCAGCCUGGGUGGACGAGCUCCUACAGUUGUCCUGUGCCUUCUUUCUGGCGCGUUGUGAGUGUCGCCUCCUGCUGGAUGUACUAGGAAAGUAUGCUGGUCAGCCUCGGUGGGAAAUCAAUAUUGUGAGAGAGAGGCAAAAAGGACACAGCCUUCAGCUCGCACUUGACAGCACAUUGAGGCUGGUCGAUGUCAAGCAACCCCUACAAGAGCUGCCUGAAGAAAAUGAAAUGGAUCUGUACACAGAUGAUCUGGAAUCAGAAUCAGAUGAACACAGUGCCUUUAAUCUGCCAGUGCACAAAACUGCACUUUCAUCUCACAUCUGCAACGAGUGUGCUGAAACUCUCUGA